AUGAAGCUCGCUACCCUUCCCAUCUUGGUUGCCUUAGCCCUACCCAUCAUUGCAGGUCCAAUCGUUGAUUCACCCGCUCCUAGGGCUCUGUCCCCUGAGCGCAUCGGUUGGAUUCGAGAGAUGCUUGCGAAUGGUACCGAGGACGCCGGGCUGACCAAACGAUCGACCACCUUCAGCACUAGCCGCGACGGGGUCGACUCCGCAGGCUUCUACUACUCCUUGUACAAUGCCAACGGCGCCGAGGUGGGAUACACCGAGUCUCCAGCAACCGGUCAGUUCCAGCUGGGGUGGUCGACGAAUUCCAAGGAAGCCGAGUUCCUCGGUGGAAAAGGCUUCAGGGGAGGGAAUCCGCGAUCUCUCACCUGGAACGGCUACUUCACCGCUGAAGGUGACUGGACCCUCGCCGUCUACGGCUGGACCACCAACCCGGUGACGGAAUGGUAUAUUGUUGAGUCGCACGGCACAGGCACCCCGGGCAAUGGCCACAUCCUCGGUCAGGUGUACAGCGAUGGCGGCGUCUACGACGUCUACAGCCUGCCCUACCGCAACGUACCCAAGAUCUACGGGGUGACCAACUUCAACCAGCUGUGGUCGGUUCGCCGUACCCCGCGCACCACAGGGACUGUCGACGUGAGAGCGCAUUUCCGACGCUGGAAAGAGCUGGGGCUCGUGCCUGGAAACCCCGUCUUCCAGAUGGUAACGCUCGAGGGUUUCAAGGGAAGGGGAUAUGUAGAUUUCACGGUUGCUUAA